AUGGAGUGUUUCCCCCACCUUCGAGAUGCUACCGAACGCAUUGUGACUGAACGCAUCAAGGAAAGACAAUCGAAUGCCCGGGAUAAAAUUAGCCUUCUCGUAGACAUUCAACUAGCUUACAUCAAUACUAACCACGAGGAUUUCAUCGGAUUCGCAAGUGCGGAACAACAAUCGUCUGAUGUAAACAAAGUGAAGCUGGGAAAUCGGUCAUUUUGGCAUGUGAAUUUACACUACUGCCUUUCACUUAAUGCUCUAAGUGAAGGCUCAGUCAGUUAUUUAUUUUUGGAUUUAAAGGUGAUUCGCCGUGGGUGGUUGGGUCUGCAGAAUGUUGCCCUUAUUCGUGGAGGUAGCAAGGAUUUUUGGUUCGUCCUCAAUGCGGAAACACUUACCUGGUACAAGGACGACGAUGAGAAAGAAAAGCGCUACGUCUUACUCCUGGACGGUUUGAAGGUGAAGGAUAUUGAAUCUAGCUUUUUUGGCAGGAAAAACAUUUUUGCUCUUUUCUACCCGGAUGGAAGAAAUGUCUACAAGGACUACAAGCAAUUGGAGUUGAGCGCUGAGUCAGCGGAAAUGGUUGACUCAUGGAAGGCAUCAUUCAUGCGAGCUGGUGUCCAGCCAAUGAAGCCUGUUCAACAAGAAAAAGUGGAAGAACAAUCGGAUAAUGGUGACCCUCAGCUACAAAGACAAGUUGAAGUUAUUCAUAAUCUCGUUGACUCCUACCUUAAAAUCGUUCACAAAACUCAACGUGAUCUCGUUCCAAAAAUGCUCAUGUACAUCAUUGUUAAUGAGAUGAAGGAGUUUUUGAAGAGCGAACUGUUGCCGAACCUCUAUCAGGCUGGUGAUAUUCAAGUUCUGAUGUCAGAGUCCUUGGAGAUGCAAACCAGGCGAGAAGAGACACUUCGAAUGUACGAGGCUCUGAAGGAGGCUUUGCGUAUUGUUGGUGAAGUGGCCACAAAUACUGUCUCGACGCCCGUUCCACCUCCCGUUAUGGAUGAUUGGACCCACAGCACCGCCUCACAUGUGAGCAUUUCAAUUUCAGUCUACGCCGCUGUCAACGGGAACCUCUGCUUCGUCGGAGGUCAUGGAACUGAUGUUUUCUAA